UUCAGGAGAAUAUAGACAAUGAAAGUAUUACUGAAUCCGAUAGUGAUUAUGUAUAUGACGUCUAUUAUCGUGAUGAUUCAAUGGUAUUUGAUGAUAAGAAUGAAUAUCAGAAUUAUGCUUCAUUAACUUGGUUCAAUGGCGAUAAUGGCAUUUUUGUGAAAGAUACAGCAGAAAAAGAUGAUUACGUAUAUACAGAUGAUGAAGAUUCAAAUGCUGAAGAUUAUUAUACACAUGACUAUCCUGAUGAAGAGGAAGUUUGGAGCGAACAAGAAGAUCAUUCUUCUGAGGAAUAUUAG